AAUACCCAGUGAUAGAGAGUCACUGAAUUCAAGAUGGAAGAAAUCGGGAUUGUUUUGCCGGAAAAGACAGAGGAAGUGCCUGUAGUGGAGACAAGGCCUGGAACUUCACAGACCUACACAUACCAUGAUCCACUGGCUCUGGAUCUUGAAGAUCUGUUUGUCAAGUAUAAGAAACUUCAACGUCAGCUAGAAUUCUUGGAAGUCCAGGAGGAGUAUAUCAAAGAUGAACAGAAAAACCUGAAGAAGGAGUAUCUCCAUGCUCAAGAGGAGGUGAAGCGCAUUCAGAGUGUGCCUCUUGUGAUUGGUCAGUUCCUGGAGGCGGUCGAUCAGAACAAUGGGAUUGUGGGAUCCACUACAGGAUCUAACUAUUAUGUACGUAUCCUGUCCACCAUAGACCGCGAACUGCUGAAGCCCAGUGCUAGUGUGGCUCUUCAUAAGCACAGUAAUGCUCUGGUUGAUGUGUUACCACCAGAGUCAGACAGCAGUAUCACACUGUUACAGUCAGAUGAGAAACCUAAUGUUCAGUACUCUGACAUUGGAGGUAUGGACAUCCAGAAGCAAGAAGUACGAGAGGCUGUGGAGUUACCCCUCACACACUUUGACCUUUACAAACAGAUUGGUAUUGACCCUCCCAGGGGUGUACUUAUGUUUGGGCCUCCGGGCUGUGGCAAGACUAUGUUAGCAAAGGCAGUGGCACAUCAUACAACAGCUGCAUUUAUCAGAGUGGUAGGAUCUGAGUUUGUCCAGAAGUAUUUAGGGGAAGGGCCCAGAAUGGUGCGAGAUGUGUUCCGGUUAGCCAAAGAGAACGCUCCAGCAAUUAUCUUUAUAGAUGAGAUUGAUGCCAUAGCAACAAAACGAUUUGAUGCCCAGACAGGAGCUGACAGAGAAGUGCAAAGAAUAUUGCUAGAGUUGUUGAAUCAAAUGGAUGGCUUUGAUCAGACAAUAAAUGUUAAGGUUAUAAUGGCCACAAACCGAGCAGACACUCUAGACCCUGCCCUGCUGAGACCAGGCCGCCUGGACCGUAAGAUAGAGUUCCCAAUCCCGGACAGAAGGCAGAAGCGGCUUAUCUUCUCCACACUCACAAGCAAGAUGAACCUCAGUGAAGAGGUUGACCUGGAAGACUACGUGGCACGACCUGACAAGAUCAGUGGGGCUGACAUCAACGCCAUUUGUCAAGAGGCUGGGAUGCAGGCUGUCAGAGAAAACCGCUAUGUUGUUCUGGCUAAAGACUUUGAGAAAGGCUAUAAAAAUAACAUCAAGAAAGAUGAAACAGAACAUGAAUUUUACAAAUAGACAUGAAUCGCCAUCAUCCAUUCUGUGCUGAGUUGACCACAUCUCAAUUAUCUAUUCACAAUAUUGUUCUGUAAAAUGUCAUUAAAUGUUCUAUACUUAUUUGAA